UCACGCAAAGGAGCACGCAAAGGUGCACGUGCCCAACUUCCUUUCACACUAUCCAGGUUUUCUUACGAUAGUCCACAAACCACGGUUUCAUUCGGCCUAAAGCAAUUGUCGACUUCCUUGAAUAACCGUUACCGUCGGUCACCGAUUUCGAGAUCACGCGCAUACGGCACAACAUCAUGGGUUUCCAAGUAUCUGAUUAACUCGAACAAUAAAAAGAUGGCCCCUUACGUUUCCAUACUCUUACCUUUGCCCUUCCGGUGUCGGACAUACCACGCAGACCUUGCCACUUUGUCCACCAUGUCUUAGCUUUGAUGGCUUUUCUCGAAAUCAACCUCGAAAUGUCACCAGGAAUCGCGAAGCCCAUUUUCAGGUCUUUAUCACAUAGAUAUUGGUUUGCCACUCGUUCCCCGAUGUCAACAAGUCCGAGUCCAUUGCCGUCAGCUCUCACAGUCGCGAGCAAGCUGCCACAGGUAGCUGCCCGCAGCGAGCAAAUCUUAAAGGACCUCGUCAAGGAAAUUCAGGAUGUUCAUGCCGACUUGCUGUCCGCCGUCCAGGAAAUUGAUCUCCCGCCAUGGCUUUGGGCAAAACCAGGCGAUAGCGGCGGACACCACACCAAUGCUCCGCCAGACGUGAGGGAGAUGGCCGUCGACAAGCAUCUGGCGCAAACUGAUGCACGAAUUACAGUACCAGAUUGGCUUGCUGAUAACGGCGUAUUAUUGCAAGGGUUAGAGCUCACUGUGAGAAAAGAUGUCAGCAGUAAUGAAGCUGCUUGGAAGACUGCCGAUGGCGAGAUGUCGCUCCAACGUCGACAUUCGCUACUCCACACGCUCUUGCCGUCACCGGUCAGUCCAAGGCGAUUUCAUGAAUUACUGGCGAGAAAGGAACAGCGGCAAAAGCAAGAUCCUCUCUGUGAGGUUAUGCUUGAAAGUUCUUCUGCCGCACUGGAUGGGAAGGACAUUGAUUUCCUGCGCUCACGCCGCGGACCUAUCGACCUGACAUGCAUAUCCUCGUCUUUACAAGAGGUCUCAUCACCAACACGUGACAAGGAAGUUUUGAAUCUACUGGCUUUUAACGAGAACUUACAUGAAUCGGAGCCCGUGUCGCCUGCCGGGGUCUGUUUAGCACCUAACAAUACCAUACACCGUUCGAAGAUAGAGACAACAGAGCCAUGUAUCCGGCUACAGAAAUCACAGACUCAAUCGCCAACCCCACAGUUCCUCCCGCUCAGGAUGCGCAUCGUGUCACGUCAUGAGAGCAUGCAGAAAAGUCAAGUACCCGAAAGGAGACGCAGCAUGCCGUCCCUGCGCCCAAACAAAGCAGAGCGCCAGCGCCGUCGAGAGCCCCCGCAACUCGACGAAGACGCCAAACCCACAUCCACGCGCAAAGAGGAGCUACGCCAGCGUGUGCUAGUCUCGUUGAGCCAAGCACGGAACCAACACCGUAACCACCGACCACUUGAGCACCGCCCUUCGGAACCAAUAACAACGGCCACGAGCAUUGAACAAGCCGAACAAGUAGCUGUAUACUCAACUCCAACCUACAACUACAUUGGUGCAGCCACGUCCCCAGGUGCUGUCGCCGGGUUUGCAGUGCUGCAGCAACUAGGGUCUGCUGCCGACAGCAACGGUGAUGCUCUGUGGCGCAAACUCAGGAAGUGGUAUGCCAUGCAGCCCACAGAAGACAUGGUGGAGAGGCUCGCAAAUGUGGCCGACAGUCUAGAUGAAGAAGCGUCACUCUGGAGCGUGCCUAGCGGGGCACCGGCAAGCGAAGACCUGUAUCUAGGGAAGUACGAGGGUGGUACAGCGGAGUUAGUGGGGGGCCAAGAGGACGAGAGCGAAGGCGCAUUGAAGGCUAUGUCACCAGCGCAAGCACUGCGUCAUCUGAGCGUGGAGCGUGUGCGAGGGGUCCGGGGAGAGGCGCCGGAGGUUUUCAUGGCGCCGCGCCCGCUACGCUUGGGGGAGAAGGUGAAAGCACAGGUUUCCAUUAGACAAAGGGUCUCGAGGGGGCUUAGGAGCACGCAGAACUUGUUUGCGGGCGAGUAUUGGCGCGCAACUAAGUUGAGAGAGACGAGCUAGGGUAGGUGUGGUGGCCUGGCUGGGCUGAUAGAUUGGUUUGGCCGGUGUUCUUUCUUCUUUAGGUGGAGUGGGUUGGGGUAUGGGU